AUGGCUUUCGCGUGGAAGGCUUCCGGCCUCACCUACAACCGUUACCUAGCCGUUGCCGCAAGAGUCGUCCGAAGAUCCCUCAAGGAAGGCCCCAGACUUCAAGCUGAACGACGAGGAGAGAUGGACCUAAGAUUCGCCAAGUGGCAGGGUGGAAAACAGGGAGACAUUAAGAGCUUGGGGGCAGCCAACGCUGAAGCGAUGGCGGAACACGCUACUGGAGAGGCCAAAUAG